UUUCCAACACGCGUUUUAUUUUGAAAAACAAAUCAUUCGAGCGCCUCGCGUGGAUCGUGUCGUGGAUGUGGCAGAGUUUGAUUAACCGAAACAAUCCGGUGAGGAACGCAACUAAAGUGCACUAGAUGGACAUGGAUGUGGAGCUCGAUGGAUUAUUUCGCCAUAAUGACACCUAUGACUACGAGAACUAUGAAGAGGAGAUCGAGCCAGGAGCCGGUAAAGCAGUGUUGACCCCGGUUCUGUACUCCGUGGUGCUGGUUGUAGGGCUGCUUGGAAACGGCCUACUGCUGGCCAUUCUGGCUCAGAAGAGGCGAUCCUGGAGCAUAACCGACACCUUUAUCCUCCACCUGAGUGUCGCGGACAUCCUGCUGCUGGUGACGCUGCCCUUCUGGGCAGCACAGGCGGCUCAACAGAAUGGAUGGCGCUUCGGGGGUUUUCUUUGCAAGAUCAGUGGAGCUGUUUUUAAUAUCAACUUCUACUGUGGCAUCUUUCUGCUGCUUGUGAUCAGUCUGGAUCGCUACUUGUCCAUUGUCCACGCCACACAGCCGUUCUCCCAGAAGAAGCCCAGGUUAGCUCAUAUCAGCUGCCUGUCGGUCUGGAUCUUCUCCCUGUUCCUCAGCAUCCCUGACUGUGCCUUCCUGGUGGUGAAGAGAGAUCCGGUCCAAGCAAAAACCCUGUGUGUUCACAGCUUCUCCCAGUCAGUAAUUGAUUGGCAGCUGUUGUCAUGCGUUCUCCACCAAACACUGGGCUUCCUGCUGCCUGCAGCCGCCCUGGUUGUCUGCUGCUCCUGUAUCCUCCAGAAGCAGAGGGCCAUCACCUUCAUCCUGCCCCUGGUAGUGGUCUUCUUACUCUGCUGGGUGCCAUACAACAUCACACUCAUUGUGGACACCUUCAGAAGCCGCUCGAAGAAGCCUGCUGAGCCUGAAAGCUCCCUGAAAACAGCUGUGAUGGUCACCUCUGCUUUGGGCUGCAUGCACGCCUGCAUCAGGCCUCUGCUCUAUUUCGGCCUAUGUAGAAACUUCAGGAAACAGACACUGGCCAUGUUUAGAGGUACUAAAGUUGAAUCUGAGAGUUCACUGUGGGGGUUGGGUGUUGGCGAGGAGGCCCUGCCUGACCAGAAUGCCGAAGGGGAAGCUUUGAAGCGGAUGGAAAGUAAAGGUCACCAGGUGCAGUCAACUCAGUGCUGAAUAAUGGACAAAAAAGCCGAUCAGAACGAUGCUCCGCCCAUGAGGGGAAUUUAGUGUGAAGUCGUGUCAUGGGUUCAAGGGAUGGAGGACCUUAUGAUGAGAUAUGGAUGAGAAAGAGAUAUUUCUAAAAUAUGACUCUUAGAAAUUGCACGUCAAUGCAAAGGUUUCCGUACCACGCUAUGGUGACAUGCAUUACAUUGUUAUUUUCCAAUCACUGUUACACAAUUUUAGCUUGUUACCCUAAAUCACGAUUUUUUAAAUUCAAUUGUUAAUAUUUUUAUUGUUUAUUAUUAUUAUUAUUAUUAUUUUAUAUAGGAAAGAAAAGUGUUGGUGAACAGUUUUUAAGCUGUUAAACAAUCAUUACAAAGCUACAAUGCAAUAUACAUAUAUAUAUAUAUAUAUAUAUAUAUAUAUAUAUAUAUAUAUAUAUAUAUAUAUAUAUAUAUAUGCGCCAUAAUGGUUGAAAUUAUUGGAAAGGAAUAUGGUAAUAAAAUUUUUUUUAAAAGAUAAUUAUUCAGUCAGUGUUAUUUUGAUCCUCCAUGUAGCGGACCGAAAGAGUUUAUUACAUUUAAUCUAAUGACACAACUGAUUCACUUCUGAUGUUAUGUUGUUAUUUUCAGGAAGUAACGACUGUGUAUUUCACGAUUGUGCAGUGAGUGAGUGUCGGACCACAGUGCAGUGAGGGAAUUUCCCAGUGGCGAAUCCCACAGAUCCACACACUAUUUGCUUUUGACUUCUUUGUUGCAACAUGGGCGUGUGGACUGUAGCACAGCGGAAGACACAAACAGGUGGUGAUGUCAUCAGUCAGGUGAUAGAAGAGGAGGUGGAGGAGGGGAAGAAAGAUCUUAAUACUGCAGCCUGUUAUAGCUCUGGGGUUGUUUAAAGGCUUGCCUGCUUGUUUGGUGGCGUGAGAACGGUGGCGUGCUUUAUGCGUAAGCACACUUGACUGGAAACAAGCUGUAGGUGGCAAAUGGAGAAAGAAGAGGAGUUAGAGAAGAAAAGAUCUUAUUUUAAAGCUCACGGUGCACGUUGUGUUGAGCACUAAAUUUGUGGUUUCAAUUCCUCGUUGUUGGUCAGGUUAUGGCCUACGAGGCAAGGUAAUAUUAACACAUGUGACCUGAAAUAAAGUGGUCUUUCACAACUGGGUGUGCUUUUAGAAACUGUAAAAUAAGUUCACACAAGACAAGAAACACUUUCCGUCCCCUCGCCACCUAUUGACCUUCCUCUUUCUAAUGCUGUUUCAGCAGAAGCCUGAAAAAUAUGGUUUAAUGUGAGAAAUGCCGGUUUUAUAAUGUGACAGCAGCGGCAUGUCAAGUUUAUAGCAUUGCUGGUUAUAAUUAGUUCUGAGUAUUGCCUCAUAUUGAAGUGUUAUUUCCUGUGUCAGCUCGAGCUUCUAACCGAACUGAGAGACGAGCUUCUUAUCGGGGCUUUUCUUUAAUGAGCAACACACCUGUUAUCAGUACAAACACAAACUGUUGUACCGUCCACAGGAAAGGGAGUUGAGUCCACCUACAAUGCAAGGCGUUGAUUCAUUUCUGUACAAAAGCUUUAAAAAAGAAUUGAGCAUCCUAGCUAGUUGACUGGAAGCAAGACCAAUGCGUGCUGACCACGCACCACAUCGAGCUGGAUGUGUUUGAAUGAAGCUGUUCCCUCUGAAAGACUGUGGAAAAGUUCAUGACCCCUUCUCAGUUUUAUACCAUAGAUACCUUGUUAUCUCUUUUUAACACCCGUGCCACCAGCCUGCCGUUGUGAAAUGUUUGUAAAUUGUGGAUAAGCAGAUGGAAAGCAGUCGUCUGCCUCAAGUGACGGCAUUACUACCUGUUUUUUUGCUUUUGAGGAUGUGCGGUGGCUUUAGUUUCCUGUCAGAAAGAGGUACGAGAUUUCCACUCAAACCCCUACGUGGUGUUUUGCAGUAACCUUGUUUUUCAUGCAUGUAUUCUAUGUAAUCACCUGAUCCUGACUAUGAGCAUAGAGACUAUGCUGAGAGAAGUUACUACUUUAGAAUAUCUUAAAUGCUCAACACAUACAGAAAGAACAGAGAAUACAAAGGGCCGUUGCACAAUCUAACUUCUCCUAAAGUUUAUAUUAAAUUCACAUCAUUUAUUACAGAGUAUGCAGUAUUUACUUCACAUAUUUUUUAUAAUUUCUUUACUAGCUGUAAUGGAAAAAUGUCAAACUUCAGUUUCUGUUAAUUACCUCUCAAGAUUACAAUUUAGGAAACUGACGCAAGAGUUUUAAGGGGGAACGCGCAUGUGUGUUUGUAUAGUGUUUUUGACUAGACACAAACCAAACUUAAACAUGUUCUAGGUAUUAAAAAAAUCUAUUUGUUCA